UCGUGAUGAAUGUGAAUAUUCGAUCACAGAUUCUUCAAGGCGGUCACAGAUUUGGUGCCUUUUCAAAAUGAGCUGCUGAUAACAGAGACAUGAGUUUUGGUGACGAUUACCAAGUGCUGUCUUUGACGUGGCCCAGGCAACUCCAGCAGUGCGUCCUCGCCCCACGGCAUAACCCAGACAGAAUAAGCAAGUACCAGGUACCUUUCCGCUUCUUUCGUCUUCCAGAAUGAUGAUUCCACGACUUCGUAACCACUGUUGCCUCUUGGCGAGAUAUAAACACUUACACACCGAUAACCUCCUCUUUCCUUAUUUUCCUCGUCCAUUUACAAACUUUGUCGGCACUUCUCAGCACUCACGUCGAGUCUUUGUCGUUCUUUCCUCAAGAUACCCCUACGUGCCCUACUAGUAAUACCACGUUCCAUUCGAGUACCGGUACCACCGCACACGCCACUCGCCUCAAACCAAUUCUCAAAAUGGAUGUCCACCUGCUUGUUUACGACCUCUCGCGCGGUUUGGCGAAACAAAUGUCUGCUGGUCUCCUUGGUUUUCAACUAGACGCCGUUUAUCAUACUUCGAUUCAACUGAACGGACGGGAAUAUGUGUACGAUGGCAACAUUGUCUCCAUCAUUCCGGGGUCUUCGCACCUCGGCAAGCCCUUGGAGGAGAUUUAUCUUGGAAAGACUGAGUUGCCAAUGGAAGUGAUCGAGGAGUAUCUAGACUCGUUGAGGGAAAUUUACACAAUGCAGACAUAUGAUCUCUGGACACAUAACUGCAACAACUUCUCUAAUGACCUGGCUACGUUUCUCCUUGGAAAGGGCAUUCCCGACUACAUCAUCAACAUGCCCCAGACGGUGCUCAGCUCGCCCAUGGGACAGAUGCUGAUGCCCAUGCUCAACCAGCAAAUUCACGCCAACAAGCGUGGCGGUGGCAUUUUGGGUAUUCAGCAAAACACCCCUGGGAGCACGUCUAAGCCAAAAGCACAACUUCAUCACCACGAGGGCAAGGUUCACAACGUCACCAGCCUGAAGGAACUUCAGUCUCUUUUGGAGAAGUACCAGAACUCGUGCGCUGUCGUCUUCUUUACUUCAGCAACCUGCCCACCAUGCAAGGUCCUUUACCCUCUAUACGAUCAACUAGCGGCUGAGGUGGGGGACAAGGGUGUUUUGAUCAAAGUCGAUGUCUCAGCCGUCUUUGACGUGGGAAGCGCUUACUCGGUCAGCGCAACACCUACCUUUGUGACCUUUCUGAAGGGCAAGCAAGAAAACCGAUGGAGCGGUGCAGACCGCGGAGCGUUGCAGGGCAAUGUGCGUCUUUUGGUCCAGAUGGCGUGGCCGGCUCAUGCCCACCAGUCUUUGAACCUCCCAACAUUUUCGAACCCGGGCACGAAACCGGUUCUCUACACCAAGGUGCCACCGCUGGAGAAGCUGCUCGCAAAAAUGGGCUCAGACGCCCAGAACCCGGCAGUGCAGGGUGUCAAGCAUUUCAUCGAGGCUCGAUCGCAAGACGGACCUGCCGAGGCGACACUGCCCGACAUGGCCGCCUUCACAACAUUUGUGCGCCAGUCGAUCAAGCACGUACCUACGGAUGCUCUCUUCACGGUCGUUGAUUUGAUGAGAAUCGGACUCGUUGAUCCUCGUUUUAGCGGGUAUCUGGCCGAAGAGGUGGUACACGGGACCGUCACAGCGCUGCUCGAGCACGUCAACGACCUGAAAGAGUGCCCGUACGCUCUUCGCUUGGUCACCCUGCAGAUGGCUUGCAACCUCUUUUCCAGCCAGCUAUACGCCGAUGAGGUUCUUAGCAACGACAAGCUGCGGACUCCUCUCACGCAGCUCGUUUCGGCCAGCUUUCUCGACGAUAACCAUAACAACGUGCGGGUGGCAGCGGCAUCUCUGCUGUUUAACAUUGCAUUGGCAAACAGUCGCAAGAGACGGGAUGGACCGGGUGACGUGCUUCCGCAGGACGAUCAGAUCGAGCUGGCGGCCUCGAUUCUGGAGGCCAUCACUCAGGAGGAGUCUUCGGGUGAAGCGCUCGAAGGAAUGCUGUUGGCUUUGGGAUAUCUUGCGUAUCGGAUGCCACUUGACGGCGAGCUCUCAGAUCUGUUGAGAACGAUGGAUGCUGGGAACAGCAUUUUGGAAAAGAAACAGGCUUUCCCGGACAUGAAGCUGAUCGAUGAGGUCGGGAGCGAGCUGUUGGGUAAGGGAUUGAAUAAGCCCUAGAGGGGUGGUAGACGGCGUUGGGUAAUCAAUGGCAUGGAAGUGUUUACAGGUACGGGAGUUUGCGUGUUGUCAAGCGUUUGGAUCUUUUUGCGAAGAGGCGUUGUGUGGUUCUGGUACAUGGUGGUUGGGUGUUGGGUGUUAUCGUUUUCAGAGACAUUCUGCUCGGGUGGC